UCGUCACGAUCGUGCUGAAUUUCUUUAUUUCGAGUGCAACAAAUAAAAUUUUUGUUCUUUUUCUCUCAAAAAUCCAUGUUUUACGUAAAAACGGGCGAGCACACACACGUACGCACACACGCAUAGUUUUUUUUGGUCAUUUUUACGUUCUUUUUAUUAUCAUUUUUAUUUUUUUUUCUUUCUCCCUCGUUCCAAGUAAUACGACGACUGAUGUGAAACAUUUAAUAUCUUUUUCUUCUACUACCCCUUUUUCUCUCUCUCUUUUUUUUUUAAUUUUCUCAGACGCUCUCGAUUAUCCUUGGAUAUGUUCUGCUCCUGUUUUUUAACGUGGACGAGGUGAUAAAGAUGAUUGGAGUCCUUGAAUGAAAAUGGAAUACAACAGCGGUUAAAGGGAUUCUAUCAUCAAGAAUAAUUCUUACACCGAGGUUCAAUCAUGGAUCCUGUGGCGACAGUUGCGAGUUAUAGUUAAAGUCGGACAGUCGAUGUCUGAUGGCGCGAGCUGGAACCCAGCGCUGGAGAAAUCCUACUCCAGAGACAUCAAUCGGAGGACGACGGUUACAUGAGCAUGAAUGGAAGGAAAGCGAAAAUGGCAUUGUUAGCAUUACGUCCGGUUCCGGACUGUCCGGAGCCACAAGAUUCAGCUGGAUUACCAUCGCAGGAAUUUCCUCCACCUCCUGAAGAAGCAGAACGCAUUAUUUCUACCCUAUUGCCGAUAGUCUCCCCCGGAAACUCGUCAAAGAGAACGAGCCAAUCGUCGGAACGGCGAAGUGGUAGACAGCAAUGGAUGAUAACUAUGGAGGAUAGCAUGCGCCACGGAAACGCGGUUACAACCCAAACAACUCUUCCGAAGACCCGACAUCGAAGACCUUACGGAUGGGAAAAUGGUAACGCAGAUAUGGGUAGAACGAAACGAGAACCACCAAGUUCUAGCCCGCCAAGUAAAUUUGCAAGCCUACCGUACGAUACCAAGGUGUCAUUCAAUUGGAUACCACCUAGAACUAAUCCAUGUACCAUAGAGAAACAUCGUGAAGUUAGGCGUCGUUCGUCCGAGGAGGAUCUAGAAAGGGAUCGUCGUCGUAAGAAUCCUGACAAGGAUCGGACCUCACAUUUGCGUAAACAAAGACAAAACGAGAUCAUGAAAUCUAGCAGCGUUGAAGAUAGAUUAUUAAUGAAUCAUAAUCACAGUCAUAGUCACAAUCGUAUUCAUAAUCGUAGAGGUUUAGGAGGAGGAGGAGGAGGAGGAGGUGGAGGUGGAAGUGGAAGUGUAAGUGUAGGACUAGGACUAGGAAGUGGUGGUGCUGGUGGUGGAGGAGCGGGAGGAGAAGGAGGAGGUAGCAGCAGUAACGGUGGUAGUGGUAGCAAUGGCGGAGAUACCAGUGGUGCUGGGAUUGAAGAAAUCGGUCAAAGACGACGAAGAAACGAUUCGGAUUCUAGUGAGGGUAGAUUUUCACGUAACUCAGAAUCCGAAAGAUCCUCGAUACCACGUUCGAGUUCGGUAAGCGUUGAGAGGUUCUCAAUGAGAGCAAAUUGCGACUCAUCGGACUUUUCCAGGGCAAAUUCGACCUCCAACGAAAGAUUCCAUUCGGAUUUUUCAAUAGCAGUUGCCAGUGCCAGUUCGAACGAUCACGUAUCCAUACCAACCUCUGAUCCAUUUUCCAUAAGAAAUCUCGACUUUGUUUCAUUUUCAUUGCCACGUGCCGAAUCAAGCGAAAGAUUUUCCGGACGUACGUCAGACAGAUGUUCAGAGGAACGUUACUCCGACAUGUUUUCGACGAGAAAUUCGGAUUUUUCAACGAGAAAUUCAACCGAUUUUCGUACACAAUCCGAAGAAGAACGAUUUUCCGACGAUUCCUUGGAAGAACUCUUACCACCACCACCACCCAUCAGUAAGAGACACUCGAUCGCUUGGGAAGUGUCCUUAGAAGACGAUCCUCUUUACGCUCCUGGUAGCACUAAAGUUGUCGGUAGGAGACGCCGUAAGAGCAGCGACGUUUCCAGCGUUGGAUCGGCAUCUAAACUACGUGACUUUGAUGAUUGGCAAGAUCCAAGGCUCUCAACUACGGACGACGAUUUGGUAUCACCAUACUCAGAUUCCUCGACGAAUGAUCUCGAUCAAAUUCGUCCACAGGAUUUGACCAAAAACGGGACAUACGUGAUAAGACGUGGUCGUAAAAAGGAAAGAAAAAUUUUACCAAAGAGUUCUGCUACCAAAACAAAAAGUUUGUCAUUCGAAAAAGCUGAGGAAAAUCGGUUGUCGGAUGUGAAACGAUACUCGACAACGUUCGACAAUAUUAAAAGUUUUUUGAAGGAUAAUAAAAUGAUGGUGGAGGCUGGUAAAAGAAGGUCGUCGGAAGAGAAAUCGGAAGAUUUGGACGAAUUACCGAACGAAUUUGCUGAAAACGUACCACCUCCGGAUCUGAUCAGAGUCGUUUCCUUACCGAUAACCAAUAACAAUGAUGAUAAUAAUAAUAAUAAUAAUAACAACACCAACGACGACGAUGACGAAGAAGAAGAAGAAGACGAAGACGACGAAAAUGACGAAGAAGAGGACGAGGAAGAGGAAGAAGAAAACGGUCGUGCUCCUAAUCUUGGUAUUAUUACUACGAUCGAUUCCGAAAAAACGUCAGUAGGACAAAAAUUAUUCGGCAAAAUAAAGAAGGAACGUCAACAACAACAAAAACAAAUGUUGAGCGAAAUUUCACGCGAUAGGUUGCCGUUGAAUAAUUUUUCCAUAAGCAGCAAGAAAGAUACAACGACGGAUUUUGGUAUAGAUAAAGAAUGCAACGGUGGUAUUCCAAUUUCAAUUUCUGCAUCCAAAGCAUUAGAUAUAGUUAAACCGAUUGAUUUUCUUCUUGAAGAAAGAUCGAAAAAAUUGACUAGUACUAGCAGCGAAAGAUUGUCAUCUAAAAUACCGGUCAAUCUUUUAAUAGAGGAUCAAAUAGUGAAAAAGGCAUUGAACGAAAAUCGCAGACAAUUGGAAAAGGUCAGCGACGCCAUCAAGGAGAUUGAAAACGUUAAGAACAGCGAGUCUUAUUCCGAAAGCAAACGAUGGAAAAAUGGCGACGUUAGGGCAUCCUCUAGGAGAAACAGUUACGAGAACGAUUCAAUCGAACGAACAAAUCGAAAAACUUUGGGUAGCCCUUACGAACCGAGAAAUAGAAAACAACAGAGUUCUGAUUCAGAAACUUCGAAGACUAGCUCGGAGAGCGAUUUCGAUCGACGAAAAGCUAAUGGGACGGACGUUUACGCGUCUGGUAGGAGAUUGAGACAAAAUGGUAUAGAAUGUCAUAAAAAUAAUCAGAAACAAAUCGAACAUGUGAUAGAUGCUAUAUUGGAGGACUCAAAAAAUCCUGAAUUUCAGGUAAACGUCGAAGUGCUCGAGUUUCCGCCAUUGCCACCAUCACCUGUCGAGGAAGCGGACGAGGAAAGUUCGGACGUUGGACAAAACGCAGUAAUCAGUAAUAGUACCAGAUCAAAGAGUCAUAGUAACAGAACAAUGGAGUACAGGCCGAGAGUACCACCUCAUCGUAAUCAAGUGAUCGAUACCAAAGAUCAUCAAACGUCGCUCAAUACAAGAUCAAUGGAUGCAGGAUUUUCACGUGGCAGACGUACACCGACAGCCAGUAAUUCUAGAAGAGAGGUACCGGUAGAAAGAAGGACACUGCCAACGGAUUUACCAGGACCUUCGUCGAGACGUCGACCAUUCACUAAAAGAAAUUCACCCUCGACCGACGGUGGAUGCAUUUCUAGUGUUUCUGGCGUAAACGGUGGUGUUAACGGAGCUACCAUAGCUCAUGGCAGUGCCAAUGGGGGUGGUAGUGGUGGUGGUGUUGGUGGUGCCAAUGGUGGAGCUAAUAGCGGAACCGCAACUAACGUCGUUGCAGCAGCCAGUGGUGGUGGAGGAACGGGAAUGCAAACUUCUUGCUCGUUACCGGAAACUCCUGUCUUUGCCAGGGGCAGCGAUAUUCCAAGGACUCCUCAGCAUGCUGGGGGGAAUCAAGCGCAAACCCGUAGACAACCCGGUUGGUACGCACCGACGACAGCAACCACUGGAGGGUAUCGAAGGAACAAUCCUGGUCUGGAACAGGCGAUUAUUGGAACGGAAUUGCUCCGACUGGCUGGUGGGCCCAAUCGUGGAUGGUACCCAACGAGAAAAGCCAAUCAACCACGACCAGCUUCCAUCGAACAUCUCGAACGGCUUAACAACGCUUACGAUGCAAGAUUACCAACCGGCACUGAUCAGAGGAAACCAUUAACCCUGCCGACGAACAUCACGCCCAACAAAUACUUCGGCCAAAGUAAGCACAGCUCCGCGUCCAGCACUCGCGAGGCGCUACGGAGGGUCACUAGCUUGCUCAUCAAGAAAGGGAGUGGCAGUAAAGAGGGAAAAAGUAGUAAGGACAACGCUCCACCUUCUGGUCCUUAUGCCGCUGCUGAGAGUGGCGAGGCACCAAAGAAGAAGGGCUUUUUCAAGGGUUUUUGGAAAAGAUCACGACAUUAUUCUUUGGAGAACCAAUAGCAGCCCAGGUGUAGCAGGGUGAUCAACGGUUGGCAAAGACAGAGACAGGGCCAUCAACAACAGCAACAACAGCAACAACGUUAUCAGCAACGCGUUGCAACGAGGACUCUAGCUAGCAACCCCUGUUGUUGCAUCGUUCAAUAACCGCGAAUCUUUCCUCCGUAAUAUCGUUUAUACGAUAUAAUAAUAUCCCUUUUCAUCUAUAUACAUAGGUAUGAUAUCCGCGUCUGGGUUGCUUCUGCUUACCAGAUCAUGACCAUCACGAUCCGAAAAUAAAAAUUAGAAAGAAAGAAAGUAAGAGAGAGAGAGAGAGAGAGAGAUAGUGAGAAAGUGAAAGAAUGAGAGAGAAAGAGAGAGUGAGGAAGAGGGAGAAUCCAAAAAAACAGGUGAUGGAUUUCGUGAUUUUUCCACAAUUUUUAAUAAAUAAUAACUCCCAAUCCGCGGAUGGCUGUGAAAUAAUAUUCUUCGUUUGGGAUCAUGGUUAAUAUGAUCUUAUAAAAUAUAAUUAUGUGCACCCUUUCGCGGGUUUAAUCAAUUGCGGGAUGUAAAUGAGGUUAGGAUGAACUAUACGGAGGAGAGCUGGAACCGAUCGCUCUUUAUUGUUAUUAUUAUUAUUUUAUUAUUAUUAUUAUUAUUGCCGAGAAAAAUCAGCAGUCAUGAAAAAUCUUAGAAUCACGCGAGAGAAUCGUGCCUUUUCUUUUUUAUUUGUUUUUUACUAUUAUUAUUAUUAUUAUUAUUAUUAUUAUUAUUAUUAUUUAUGCUUUCUCAUGGGGGACAAGGACCAAAAACGGGGGACGGUGGGGACCUUGUCAUCUCGUGUACGAACGAAUAAUUAUUAUUAAAGUCGAAAUAUGUUAAGAGAUCGAGCUUAGAUAACAAUAUAAUUUUUGACAAUUAUAGCUCGAAGGUUACAAUUUGAUUUACGUUUUCCGUCGUUAAUAAAGGAUUGGUUCGAAUUGAUUCGAAAUCGUAAAUCGACCAAUCAUAAUUCGAAUCGUAGAUGCGGAAUAUGGAAUAU